UUCGUGGCUUCUAAUAUUUUUUAUUCCCGCCACUUAUUUAUUUUUCAAAAAAAAGUUUUCGUAUUGGAAAGAUCGCGGAGUGCCGUACGUAGAGCCAAAGAUACCUUUUGGAAGCAUGCAGAUCUCCACGAGUAUGAGGGAACUGAUCGCUCCGUUCUAUAAAUUAAAAGGCGACUUCCCGUUCGUUGGUGCAUAUAUGGUUACCACUCCAACAAUUGUGGCUACUGAUCUGGACUUCAUCAAGGAUGUGUUAAUUCGUGAUUUCAAUUAUUUCACUGAUCAUGCAAUCAUCAUGAAUGAGAAAGAUGAUCCGCUCUCCUCAAACUUAUUCACCCUGGACGGUCAAAAGUGGCGCACCUUACGCGCAAAAUUGUCUCCAACAUUUACCUCCGGAAGGAUGAGGUUUAUGUUCCCCACAGUACAUGAAGUUGCAGACAAGUUUAAUGAGACCCUUGGCGAGCUCCUGAAGACACAAAAAACUUUGGAAAUAAAAGAUCUUUUGGCACGUUUUACAACCGAUGUCAUUGGUACCUGCGCCUUUGGAAUUGAAUGCAACAGUUUAAAGGAUCCCAAUGCGGAAUUCCGUAGAUAUGGGCGUAAACAUAUCGAAGAACCAGCUCAUGGACGAUUUGUCACCAGCUUCGUAAAUAUAUUUCCAAACCUGAGCAAUAAGUUGCGUAUAGCGCGAAACCAUCGCGAUGUUACAACAUUUUUCAUGGGCAUUGUUCAAGAAACAGUGGAAUUUCGUGAAAAAAAUAUUCGUCGAAAUGAUUUUAUGGAUCUCUUGAUUCAGUUAAAGAACAAUGCAUCAAUCGAUGAAGAGGAUUCAAAAAUAAUUGGAAAGAUAACUUUGAAGGAAGUCGCAGCGCAAGCUUUUGUAUUUUUCGUUGGUGGAUUCGAAACUUCGUUGUCAACCUUAACCUUCACUUUUUAUGAAUUAGCCAAGAAUCAGAACAUACAGGAUAAGUGUAGAGACGAAAUAAAUCGCGUAUUGGAGAAAUAUGACGGGAAGUUGACUUACGAAGCAAUGAACGAGAUGCAUUAUGUGGAACAAACUGUUUUGGAGACCCUCCGCAAAUACCCAAUUCUUCAAGUGAAUUUCCGUAAAUGUGUUAAGGAUUAUCAUGUGCGCGGCACCAAUGUGACUAUAGAAAAAGGAACUUUAAUUCAAAUCCCGAAUUAUUCAAUUCAUCAUGAUUCAGAUAUUUAUACAGAUCCCGAAAAAUUCGACCCUGAUCGAUUUUCGCCGGAGAAUAUUAAAUUGCGGAAUUCUGUUUCAUUUUUGAGCUUCGGUGAUGGACCAAGAAAUUGCAUUGGAUUACGUUUUGGAAAGAUGCAAUCCGCAAUGGGACUUAUAACGUUAUUGAAGAACUAUCGAUUCAAACUAUCAUCGAAAUCACCAAAUCCUCUAGUUUUCUCUACUAAAAGUUUUAUGCUUUCACCAGAAGGCGGAAUGUACUUAGAUAUUGAAAAAUUGUAAAGAUUGUGAUACAUGCCAU